AGGGCAGCAGCCUGUUUCAUCGCCUGUGGGACCAGCGAAUGCUCCUGAGCCCCCAAGAUGAGAUGAAGUUCCUGUUGCACCGGCUCGUUGCUAUUGGCAGCCUCUCCCCUGGCCUUGCUGACAAAAGGGAGCUGGGAGCUCAUUUCGAGAGCCUCAAUCAGAGGGUGCAGCGCAGUCACCAAGGAGAGGAGAUCACAGGGCUGCUCCUGCUCUACCCGUCCCACAUGGUUCACAUCGUCGAGUGUUCCAGCGAGGCCCUUAUCUCCGUGCUGCAGGACCUGGGAGAGCUGCUGACGCGCCCCUCCGAUAGCGUCAUGGUUGUCCAGGCUAGGAUCCUGGUGGUGUCACAUGACAUCCCUCGGAGACUCUUCCAGCAGUGGACCUUCAAGGUACUCGCUCCACCGGCUCGGUCACCGGCCGGCGGAACAGAACACGAGCCCACAGAGAAGCUGGUGGCCGACACCCUGACCCAACUGAUGAAGCUGGGCAGCCGCCUGCUCGAAACCCUCAAGGGCUCAGAGGCUGCCCAGGAGGCCUCAGUCGACCAGAUGCCGGAGGUGAUGCUCUCGCAGGAGGUCCUGGGUCAGCUGCUGGAGAGAGAGGAUCUGCUCACACCACCGCAGUACCUUCAGACCUACCACUCACCCGUGGAUGUGCUCCUGGACUCAGGACACGUCUUCGGAAGCAACCAGCCAGCCACGGUUUAGCUCGGAGGUCAAAGCCUGACAUCGAUAUCCACUGGGACACCAGAGAAUAUGUCAUAACCCAGGAAGACAGCUCCAGCAUGGGAUC